AUGAAAUCGCCAGCUAACGCAGACGGUAUAUUCAUCCCGGUGACGGAGAAGACGGAGGGCCCUGCAGAAGAGUGGGAGAAGACCCACAGCCGGGUGACUCACCAGGGGAACGUGCGGCGGGGUUGGGUCAAAGACAAUAAGGAGGUAUCGCGACGCCUCGCGGUCUCACCUGCGCACGCGCGCCCUGUGAGCGAUGGUACACCGGGACAGCUGGGCGAUGUACGUACGUUCGGCCCUGCGAGCUCGGGGGACGAUGGGGCUGCCUGUUGGACAUUUGCCCCUUGCGAGAUCCCUUUCCGGGCGGGCGUGGCAUCGAUGUCGACGCUGGAGGCGGCUGCGCAGUGCGCCGGGCUGCGAGUCAGGGGCUGCGAGGACGGGGGCGCGUCGACGGGGGGCGUGUGCGCGCUGCCGCCGCGGUUCCCACCGACACAUGCACGGCCCACGCAGGGUUCCGGGGCGCACGGUUGCCCCGGCGCCUGUUCCCCACAUGCCAUUCCCGGCGUCUCUGGCAACCCAAAUUGGGGUGCCUGUCGCCAUCGGAGAUCGAUUGGAUCGGGGAUAUGCUCGGCUCGCGUGAUGCGCCCGAUCGCUCCCUAUCGCCCGUUUCGCCGCGCAUGCCCCAGCACCGCACCGACGUGCUCUGCUCCCGACCUCGCAUCCCCGGCAACAGCUCGUCGCCAUCCUCCGCCUCCCGCAGUCACCGACUGCUACCACGUGUUAUGGAGUGAGCGGCAUCGCAGGCACAGCGACAGCCCGGCGGCGACGCGCGGGUGCACCAUUCCUGAAACUCCCAGGGCCGUCCUCGAGGAUGUGGCCGGCCACAUGAACGCCGACGCAAGUACGCGAUGGUACAAACCCCACGAUCCUGGUGAACGCGUCCUUGAUAUAGCACGCAAUCGGUGGCUCCCGGAGAUCCCGCGAGCGCGACGCUCCGGUGAGAUCGCAGACUUUGGCGUGACUGCCGGACAGACUCUCCAGCCCAGAAGUCCUGGCCUAGCGGGAGACUUCGUCGACAGGAAUAGACUGGCCUCCGCGUGCAUUCUCCCUCCUCAUCGGUCAAGCGUAGGAUCAUCAGUGGGAUCAAGGAUCAGGACGAAUCCGCCCGAGACUUACCAUAUUUGUGGGCACGGUAGGUUUGCCCGGAGAGAUGGAGCGUUCAGUAGCCACGCGCUCACGGGCUGCUUCUUUUUCAUGACCAUCGACUCCACAUCGGUUUCGAGAACGCGGUCAAGAUUCGAGCGGCCGGCGCUGCGAUCCUGAUCUGAGUUCCCGAGCGCCGAAGGCCUCCGAAGACAGCGUUCAGGUAGCGUAGGCUAGCGUACCAGGUUGAUGUACCGUUGACGUUCUCCGGCCCUUGAUAGUGAAUUUGAAGUCUGCCCAUGAGGCGCUCACCAUUGCACGACAUGCUGGCGGGCAGCAUGGCGACCUCGACGUCCGGUGGCGGCCUAUUGUUUAAUAAGUCUCCUGCCGCCCACGCAGGGAGCGCUAUGGGCGCA